AUGCAGUGGCUUUUUCUCAUUCUCCUGACCAGCCUUGCAACUGUGGGUAUUGUCGCGAAAGCAACAGGCCAGGAAGUGGAAAUCCUAAUCGGCGCGGGGUGCGCCUUCUCCAACUACUCGACAUUGCCGAAAGCGACUGCAAGCGAGCCUUCCUAUCGUCUACAACUUGACCCUGGGCUUGGGAAGGGCAUCUACGUGCUGUAUUUCGCGCACUUCAAUCUCCCUGAAUCCGAUGUGCUCGUACUGAGAGCUUCCGACGGUACAGAGACCAAACCACCGGUGGCAGUGCUGUCGGGAAAGAACGCAACGGGUGCAUUUUAUUCGACCGCGAUAUCUGGAAACGGAGUCGUGCUAGAGCUUUUCAAGACUCCAGUGCCUGGUCAAUCUCGCUCGACUUCGUGUCGAGGCUUCACUAUUAGUCGGUUUCUUUUUACUCCCCAAGCACUCGUAGAUGAGGCUCAACAUUUGCAAGUAGCUGUCGAGGUGCCACUAACCAACCUCACCAGCAUGACCGACACCGAUGACAACGAUCAUGUCAACAAUGAAAGUCUCUGUGGCGCGGAUGAAUCCGUUGAAGCUGCUUGUGCGCCGAAUGCUACCAACAGUGCUGAGGGAGAGAUCAUGCUGGCCAAGUCACGACCGGUGGCACGACUGUCGAUAAUCAAGGAUAACGGCAUGGUAAUCGCCUACUGCACGGGCUGGCUACUUGGUUGCGAGGGUCACUUGAUCACGAAUCAGCACUGCAUCAGCAACAACCAAGAUGCGCUCAAUACGAAGGUCGAGUUUCUUGCUCAGUCGACGAGUUGCGGAGGCGGUGAAGCUUGUGACUCUCGUGGUGCAUGUCCGGGACCCAUCGGCGUGACGUCUACAACGCUUGUGGCUGCGUCGGAAGAAUUGGACUAUGCGGUGGUUCGAAUCGGUACCAACGACACUGUCACGAAUUUGUCUGGAUUGUAUGAGAAGACGGGUGGAUAUCUACAGCUACGUGCAUCGGGAGCAGUGCUGAAGGAAAGCAUUUACAUUCCCCAGCAUCCUCUCGGCUAUGGCAAACGCAUUGCAUGGCUAUAUAAUGGUCAGCCGGGACGUGUCGAAUCGCUCACGGUCACUGAAUGCCGCGAAGGCGACGUGGGCUACUACAUCGAUACCCAAGAAGGAGCGUCAGGCUCACCGAUCCUUGCCACGAGGGACCAUACUGUCAUCGCGAUGCACCACUGCGGUGGCUGCUUGAAUGGUGCUAUCCCAGCGCAAUCGAUCAUCGAGGAUCUCGCCGCAAAAGGCGUUUUGCCGAAAUGCUCAGUCGCGAAAGCAGGGCAGCCCCAUAACGAGUAG